AUGUCACUUUCAAUGAUUCCAACUGAAGCUUUUACCCAAGUAGACAACUUCUCCGAACAGCACAUCAUCAAACCAGACGCAGCGCUCGACAAGUGCAUGCAAAACGCCGCCAAUAAUGGCCUUCCCGAUAUCAGCGUCAGCGCCAUCCAAGGCAAGUUUCUCAUGAUACAGGCUAAGAUGAUGAGGGCAAAGAGGGUGCUUGAAAUAGGCACCCUAGCCGGGUAUUCUAGUAUUUGGCUCUCAAAGGCUCUUCCUGCCGACGGUGAGCUCAUCUCGCUCGAGUCAAAUGAAAAAUUUGCACAGCUUUCGCGAGAGAACAUCGCGUACGCCAAUCCAAGCUGCAGAGUGGAAGUAAAACAUGGCGCUGCACUCGAAACGCUCGACACGCUUCAGGGUGCUUUCGAUAUGGUGUUUAUAGAUGCUGAUAAGAUGAACAGCGCGGCAUAUCUCCGCAAGGCUAUCGAUCUGACUCGCCCAGGAGCUGUCAUAUACGUAGAUAAUACUGUUCGCAACUACAAUAUCCUCCUCGAUGAACAUACACAGGAUCCUUACGGCAUCGGCAUUAGAGCUGUCUAUCCCGCCCUCCAGCAGCUCCAAGACCAAGGCUUGAUCGAGGCUACCAACAUUCAAAUAUGUUCAAGUAAAGGUCAUGACGGUUUGGCUAUUGCUGUACGCCUUUGA